AUGGAUGUGGAAAGCGCGGAGUGCUGGGCCGGGAGGGACAGGAUGGUGGCCGAGGAGGGCAAGACUAGAGCUACGGACUUUUCGAUUGCGGCGAUUAUGGCCCGCGCCGCAGAGCCGCGCAGCCCCGUCGCAAGAUCCCCGCCACUUACCGGGUCGGUGUCGCGUCAGAGUUCGCCGGCGUCACUCAGUUCGCCGGCGUCGAGCUGUCGGUCACCUCUGCUCGAUGAGGACGUCGAAGUUGACGUGGAACAAUGUUCCGAUGGCGAGCGAGACACGUCAGACCACGCGGCGCCAUCGCCAGCACCUUCUUCUGAACUAGGCGAGCGAGACACGCCUUCGCCAGCGCGGCCGCUUCCUCCAGCCACUUCAUGCAACUGCGAGGAGUUGCUAUCUGUUGAUUGCCAGUUAGAAACAAAGGAGCUUUGGGAUAAGUUCCAUGACCUCGGCACGGAAAUGAUAAUCACGAAGACUGGCAGGUAA